AUGGCGAUUCAUAGCGACUAUCCCGGUUUGACGGUACAGAUCAUAUGUGGUGGCAAGCCUAUUGAGGAACACGUGAAUGAAGAAGACGAGGAGCGGGAUGAGCCUAAGACUACGACACGAUACGUCGAGUGCCAAUCAAAUACGGAGUUCGCAAUUAAGACUACCUUCAGGCCACCCUUUGCUCCGCUGGAUUUGGCAAUACACGUUCAUCUAGAUGGGAUCAAAGUGAACGGACUGAUAGUACACAAGCACCAGAUGCUAAAUGAAACCUACGUUAAGUCAGCGACCAAGUGGAAAGAAGGCCAGAAAUGGCGGGCGUCUAAAUUUGUCUUCUCAGACCUCAACGUGGAUUGUUGCCACCGCGAUACUUCAUCUAUCGUCACUUCCCAGGCAGAGACUGCCAGUAUCACGCCAGGUCUACUCCAACAAAGCCCCACUCCCAUCAAUCAACGCAUGCAGUCCGGUCUUACGAAGAAAGACAUACUGGUCUUGAUCAAGCAUUAUCGCGGCAGUAGUGCUGGUCUAGAGGGUCUUCCAGAGAAGGAUCUCGCCAUCUUGUUCAGCUCUUACCGGGGUGAUAAGCCAAAUGAAACCCCCAUAAAUCAAGAACCUGUCCUCUCUGAAAGCAGAGCACGCAUCAAGCGUGAGCUUGUUGGGGACAGCGUUGCCCGUGGACAAGGAAAGAAGCGCAAGGUGGAAAUCAUAGUUUUGGAUGACUGA